GCACCUCAGAUGGCACCUCAACAGCCACCAGUUGCUGCUGGCGGAAAGGUGAUUGGCGGUGUCGUGAUGCCACCCCCGAUGGCUUCCAAAAAAGCUGUCAAGGCUGUGAAGAAAAGCACUACCACAGCAGCCCCAGCGCAGUCGGGCCAGCCAGCCAAGAAGGAAGGAGGACUCAAGAUGCUUGGUGUGGAGAUGCCAAGACUGCCGCGCCUCCCCGUGGAGAUCCCGGUCCCGGACCUGCCUGACCUGAAUUUUCCUCACGUGCCGAACCCCUUGGACUGGCUGCGCUAA